ACCCAAAUACCACAUCGCUAGUUGACUGCCCUGACUGCCUGCCCUGCUUAUUGACAAUACGAUGCCCAACAACGCCCUCAAAAGGGCGUCACGAAGGAGGCUGCAACGUAUGAGACGCAUGCGGCUAUGUGUAUUGCUUGUCGUCGCCCUGGCCAUGCCCCGGAGACCGUAUACGGCGGUUAAUAUCAACGUACUGAAGGGUCAGUUUGUCACGCACGACCUGCUUCACGGCCAUGCAGGCAAGUUAUUUGGUCUUAUUCGUAUGCGAGCACCUACCUUCUUCGCUUUGGUUACCUGGUCGAGGCAUAAUACAACCCUACAAGCCUCGCGGCACGUAGGUCUCGAAGAAAAGGUCCUCAUUUUCAUGGUGGUAGUAUCGCCAGUACUUUCGGCUACCCUUAUCCUUGCGAGCCGAAAGAUCAGACUACCCGAGCCAGCAACACCACGAAAAAUCGAGACCAACCCGAUCUAUUACCCAUACUUUUCCAAUUGCCUAGGUGCAAUAACGGCUUUUGCUUAACUGGGGGCAGUUGGUGAAAGUCGCCGAGUAGUAUUAUGUUACGAUCCCGGUCUAGAGUGAAGGAGGCGCUCUGAAGCCUCCCUUAGAUUAGGCAGUCACACCUAGGAAGGCGAGGCCUUCCUUGGGCCGAUGCACCCAAUUUAGAAGCGCUCAGGGCGAUCGGUCGCCAAGACAUACUGAGCGCACUGAGCAGGGUGAUCAGUAUUGCUCAGGGUGAUCAGGGACUGAUCACUACUGAGCACGCUGAGCACUCUGGAACGAACCCUGAUUGGUUAUUCAUAGUUCUAUAUAGGAAGCUAGAGGAACACUCUCUGGGAGUUAGUUCCUCAGCUAUCAAUGCAUAUGGUUUAUCAUUCA